UCAGUGGAAUGUGAAACCAAAUCAUUUUCAAGUUAAAGAUAGCACAGAGUACACAGCAUCUUGGUUACUGGGGGUUUAAAUUCAGUCUCUCAUAGAUUUCUGGAUCGGGAGUUUUUCUUUUUGCCGCCUCCUCCGGGACUUUUUUAGUAUUUUCUUCAGCCAAUAAAAGGACUCUUAGUCUACUGGAAUUGUUAGGGGGUGUGAGAAGAUCAUGGUGCAUACUGCAGGAAUGAUUGAAGACUGUGGGAAAAGAGGAACUACCAUGGCAGAAAGGAGACAGCUGUUUGCAGAAAUGCGGGCUCAAGAUCUGGAUCGCAUCCGUUUAUCCACCUACAGAACAGCAUGCAAGCUUAGAUUCGUACAGAAGAAAUGCAACUUGCACUUAGUGGAUAUUUGGAAUGUAAUAGAAGCACUGCGGGAAAAUUCACUGAACAACUUGGAUCCGAACAUAGAGCUGAAUGUGGCUCGACUUGAAGCUGUACUGUCCACAGUUUUUUAUCAACUCAACAAGCGCAUGCCAACAACCCACCAGAUCAACGUGGAGCAAUCUAUCAGCUUACUGCUCAACUUCCUGCUGGCAGCUUUUGAUCCAGAAGGACAUGGAAAAAUGUCUGUGUUUGCUGUCAAAAUGGCCUUGGCAACACUUUGUGGGGGAAAGAUCAUGGAUAAAUUAAGAUAUAUUUUCUCAAUGAUUUCAGACACCAGCGGUGUAAUGGUUUAUGGAAGAUAUGACAUGUUUCUGCGAGAAGUCCUCAAACUGCCCACUGCAGUCUUUGAAGGUCCUUCUUUCGGCUACACAGAGCAAUCAGCAAAAUCCUGUUUUUCUCAACAGAAAAAAGUCACACUGAAUGCUUUUUUGGACACUCUCAUGUCUGAUCCUCCACCACAAUGUCUGGUCUGGUUACCACUUCUGCAUCGAUUGGCAAAUGUUGAAAAUGUCUUCCACCCUGUUGAGUGUUCCUACUGCCAUAGCGAGAGCAUGAUGGGAUUUCGCUAUCGAUGCCAGCAGUGUCACAAUUACCAGCUCUGUCAAGAUUGCUUCUGGAGGGGACAUGCCAGUGGUUCCCAUAGCAACCAGCACCAAAUGAAAGAAUACACGUCAUGGAAAUCACCUGCUAAGAAGCUAACUAAUGCACUUAGCAAGUCUUUAAGCUGUGCUUCCAGCCGUGAACCUUUGCACCCGAUGUUCCCUGACCAGCCUGAAAAACCUCUAAACUUGGCUCAUAUUGUGCCUCCCAGACCAGUCACCAGCAUGAAUGACACGCUGUUCUCCCACUCUGUUCCCUCAGGAAGCCCUUUUACAAACAGAAGCUCUCCUUACAAGAAUAAUGAAGUAGAGCAGAACAAAUUGCUGGCUAGGGCUGCUCCAGCUUUUUUGAAAGGCAAAGGGUUACAGUAUAGCCUCGAUGUUGCAGACAGGCUGGCUGAUGAACAUGUUCUCAUUGGGUUGUAUGUCAACAUGCUCCAGAACAACCCCUCACGUUUGCUUGAUAGCCCAAACCGUCUAGAUGAAGAGCACAGACUGAUCGCCAGGUAUGCAGCAAGACUGGCAGCUGAGACUACUUCAUCACAGCCACAACAGCCACCGCAGCAGAGGGGUGCUCCAGAUAUCUCAUUCUCUAUCGAUGCAAACAAGCAACAAAGACAACUUAUUGCAGAACUCGAAAAUAAGAACAGAGAAAUCUUACAAGAGAUUCACAGGCUGCGACUUGAACAUGAGCAGGCAUCUCAGCCCACCCCAGAGAAGGCAGCACAGAAUCCCACUCUCCUAGCAGAACUUCGGCUCCUUAGACAGAGGAAGGAUGAACUGGAACAGAGGAUGUCUGCUCUUCAGGAAAGCCGGAGAGAACUCAUGGUUCAAUUAGAAGGCCUCAUGAAACUGCUCAAGGAAGAAGAAUUGAAGCAGGGAACCCAAGGGGCAGGGUCUCCACGCUCUUCUCCCAGCCACACUAUCAGUCGGCCUAUUCCUAUGCCCAUCAGAUCUGCAUCCGCCUGCUCAACUCCAGCCCACACACCUCAGGACUCUCUGACAGGUGUGGGGGGAGAUGUGCAGGAAGCUUUUGCACAAGGUUCAAGAAGAAAUUUAAGAAAUGACUUACUGGUCGCAGCAGAUUCAAUUACCAACACUAUGUCUUCUCUGGUGAAAGAACUAAACUCAGAAGUUGGAAGUGAGACAGAGAGUAAUGUGGAUUCUGAGUUUGGUAGGACUCAUUUUGAUGACCUUGUUCCAUCGCCAACUUCUGAAAAGGCUUUCCUGGCACAGAUCCAUGCCCGGAAGCCAGGAUACCUUCAUAGUGCAGCUGCCACUGGGACCAUUCGUAGUGAUAUGGUUACAGAAGAUGGAGACCCUUACGUUAGAGCAGAUGAUGAGAAUUAUGAAAAUGAUUCUGUUCGCCAGCUAGAGAAUGAGCUCAAGAUGGAGGAAUAUUUGAAACAAAAGCUGCAGGAUGAAGCUUAUCAGGUCAGCUUGCAAGGAUGAAUAACUAUUCUUGUAUCCCUCUCCUCUCAAGAAAGCUGCAGUCAAAUGGACAACGAAAGUGAUAAAAAAACAGAGGAGGCAGGGGAGGAGAGCUGCACUCAGAUUGAUGACAGAGAGAGCCUGGCUGCCAGCUUCACAGAAGAAGUGGAACAACAUGUGCAGCACCUCUGACAUUAAUUAAUCAACUAGAUGUGAAGACUGCAGCACAUUAUUUUUGUUCUACAAGUUGUAGUUCGUAGGUGUUUGUUUUGAAGAAAAAAAGACUUUUAUUUAAAGCUAAUUUAUAUCAGCUACAUCCUAUGUAACAUGGCUCAUUACUGGUGAAGAACACAGGCUUUAAAAAUGCUGUUACAGUUAACAGCAGUACUAACAAAACACUUAAGCCCUUUGCACAUAAUGUUGACCUGUUCAGUUUACAAUGACAAUAUUAAUACUGUUUAUAUUAGGAGUUUGAUUUCUGAAUAGUUUGAGAUUUUAGAACACUUUCCUACACACUGUACAUUGUUUUUCCACAGAGGAAAUUUUAAAAGCUACAAUGAUGCAUUUAACACUGAAUGAAUAUACUCCGGAGUGUACAUAUUUAUAGCCCAAAAGCUACUAAGUACUAGACUAUGGCUGUAAGUCUCCACCCAGUUGCAUGUGCUGAAAUCCCACCAGUAUCAGUGAGACUUAAGUGCACAUGACCAGAUGCAGGAUUGCAGCCUUAGAUUGCAAUUUGUUUUACAGUCUUUUUGCAAAAAGAAAAGAGAAAGAGAAAAGACUUAUACAAAAUGCACUAAGUAUCUCUAUGAUUUAGGGCUACUACAUAACUUAGGAAUGUUUACUUUCAAAGUAAUUAACAAAUCAGCCAUAGAAGUUAGUGUAAAUAUUUUCUUUCCAAAUAGUUAUCAUAUACAAAAGGCAACAUUCAAAUGAUAUAGAAUCUAGUUUUUAAAAUCAGCACAGAUCUUCUUAAAACUGUGAACUAUGUUUUGAAAUACUCGUUGCUAAAGCUGUUUAUAAACCACAGGUGCCAUAAAAUCCUUAAACUAACUCACAUUAAUGUAUAAUCUUUCAUAGUAUUGUUUAAGAGCUGUUUUAGAACUUGAGUAAGCAUGUGUUCUUUCACAUUUCUCCAUCCCUCCAUAUCCUGUUUGCUGAGGCCUUCAGCUUUAAAUGUACAGACUUUAAAAGUGUGCUUGCAACUAUUUCAUUUCUGAAUGUGUAUUGCCUUAGCCAGCCACCAGAUGUUCUGCAUGCAUUCUUGGAAAUAUGUAAUGAGACUUUCUGUCCGGGCUGAAUGGGGAUACUUGCUGUCUAUGAAAAGCACAGGGGGGAAAGUGUGUCCUUUUACAAAAAUAUGGAUAGUUACAACGGUUUCUCUUUGAGUAACUCUUAUCCUGUUUUAACUUUGACAGGGAGGAGAGAGAUAAUUGGUCUUUGCAUUCAUCAGGAUUAUAAAAAUGAAAAAAAAGUUGCAAUGAGAUUUCUCAGCCAUUGGUAUGCAGUGAUUUAGCUAGUGACAUCUCACACCAAUGAUCUUUUAGCUAGGAAGAAAACAGUAAAUAAGCUACAAAAUACCUAUGGUUCCAUAAAGGUUUUCGUACAUGCAACAAUGCUAAUAGCAGACAUCAGUUUAGAACAGUCUCAAUUCUAUAAAUCCCAAGUUUCAUAGAAACAUUGUAGGUAAUGUCCUGUCAUUAGUCAUAACAGAGCUUCUCCCAAAGAGUUUAUAUAUCAUUUCCCAAAAUUAAGUUUAAUCCAUCUGCUGAUUCUCCUGGAAAUAGCAUUAGACAAACUUGUUUUGAUUAGAUGGUUGUUGGUACUUUUUACAUGUGCAAAAAAUCAUUGCUACCACUGGCCAUCUUCCUCCUUGUGUAUGUUUCAACAUUGUCUCUAUGUAGUUAAAUCAUGCAAAUCAGACAACUGCAGAAUAUUAAAUAUGGUUACAUAAAGACACCCUCAACUCCACCUUUGCAAUAAAUAAUCUUUACUCCUGUUAAUAUCUGCCAAUCUGACAUGGGUAGACAUAACCUGUGACUGCUUACCUCUCCUACACCUUUCUCUCAGGAACUGGUUACUCUCUACUAGUGCCUAGCACUCAGCAGAUAAAACUACUACAGUGUGUUAGGAAAUCUUGCUGACAGCUCAGGACUCCAGUCAGGUAUUUCCUGAAGAGAGGCAAUGUGGACUAGAACACAGCUAUGUCAGAAUGAUCCAGAUCCAGCCACAUAACUACAGUUGGGAGUAAUAAUUAUCUGGCUUUAAAGCCAAAAUUUAAUUAUCAACCUAUAUUGCAUGUAGAAUUCAUGCAUGUGUCUUGCCAUUACAAGGUCUAUGUAGCAGUAUUAUUGUCUUCAUUCUCUCAGCCUGGUUUCAGCACAGAAUCCCCAAGCAGAGUUCUAGGUGGCCUCUUGUACUCUGGAACUCCAAGAUAAAGCACUUUUUUAUUUGCCUCUCCAAAAACAAAACAUGGUUUUACAAUAUUACCCAGCUGUUAAGCUGGUAAUGGCCCAGCAAAGACAAUGCUUCCACCACCACCAAUUUCUCUCUAACGUAGGGUAGCAGAGUAUACCACCUACCCAGUGCAACCAUCCAACUUCCAAGGCCAUCAAAUAUCAAAUCAUAUUUAAAUAAAGUGUUAAACAUGUUAAAAUUCCACAAUGUAGUUCCAGAUCACAGGUUCAAUUCCUGGAUUUUAUUUGUACUGUUCAGGCCUACAUGAGUUCGGUGGUAUAUGUGGAUACCCUAUUCAAACAUUAUGCACAGAUGGAGAUGCCUGGUGGGACAGGGGUGGCACUGGAAGACAUCAUCUCCCACAAAACAGAUACAUAUGCACAGGUAGGAGAGUGGUCAGGUGAAAGUUUUGUCCCAAAUGAGUCUAUGUUUUAGCCCACUUGGUCCUUGUCUGUUCAUUAAACUUGGGUUGGAUUGUAGAUUGUGAACAUUAAUGUUACAGAAAUGAUUGAACUAGCCUUUUAUAAUUCUUUAUAGCCAGUUACAGCAGCCAAAAACUCCUUGUGGACUGUCAUUGGAAAGGUAGUUAAGAGAGAGGAAUCAGAAUGUGAAGAUAAAUAGGAUUUUUGAAUGUUGAAAGAAAAGAUGGAGAAUAGAUUCUCUGUAAGUAGUAAUGUUAACUAAAACUGCAUUAAAAGGUGUGUGGCCUUUGUUGUGACAAUAUGUAUUUUCUUAUAUGCAUGAGACACUAUGUUGCAUCAUUAUUUAGCACAGAUGUCUGCCUUUACUUUAAUCAUCUUGUCCCAUCUUUAUUAGUUCCUUGGAAUUGCUGUAGAUAUUUCUUGUAAAUACUGCAACCUCAGGUUGCAACAGGUUGGUUCAAUUAAGUGAAAGGAGCCUUGAACGACAAGCACUCCACUGUGUCCUGAGAAGAGAGGGCAUCUUACUUGGGAACCAAAAAUGUAUGACGAGUAACAUCUUGAGGCUACUGUCUGAUGUUUUUAACUAUUAUUUCACACCAGUCCAGACAGACACACACUACAAAUUUUACAUUAUUCAUUGGUAUUGUAAACAGAACUAAUAUUGUAUGGGGUUUUUUGUAUUGUUGUUAAGUACUGUUUUGUGUAUGUGCGUGUGUUCAAACCUACUGGGGACAUGUUAUAUUUUGAAGUGAUUAAACUAUUUAAUUGUGUGUCUAUAUUUUGGAAUGGAAUUAUUUCUUCAUUAAAAAAUAAUUUUUAAAAGUUA